AUGUCGGAAGGGAUUUUAGCAAAAGUUGGACAGUGGUUUAAAAUUAUGCGCCAUUAUGGCGGCAUUAAAAAUACAGUUUUAUCACUUUAUCGUUAUGAUGAUUUAAAAACUGGAAAUUUUAUUGGUGCUGAUAAGUAUGGAAAUCGUUACUAUCAAAAUACACGUUAUUUUGUUGGUCGCAGUCGAUGGGUUCAAUAUGCUGAUCGUGUUGGACUUGAUUAUGAUGCAAGUCAAGUUCCCCCAGAAUGGCAUCGUUGGUUACAAUAUAUAACCGAUGAUCCUCCAACAACAACACCCUUAAAAAAAUACCCAUGGAUGAUUGAUCAUAUUGAAAAUAGAACUGGUACAAGUCAAAUUUAUGUACCAUACACAACUGUUCCACCUAAAAUACAAAGUUGGCAACCACCCACACCAUCGACAACAACACAGAAUAUAUCUUCAACGAAGAGUCAACUUCAAUAA